AUGACCUUAACUGAGAUUCUUUCUCCUCACAUGAGAGACAUUGUGGCCGCAGUUUUGCCAACAGUCUCAUCAAAUCUAAGCGACAGAUCUUCUGAUAAGAUAGACCUUGCCACAGCUGAGAACUGGUUAAUUAGGCCUGAGCUUCAACGUCUCUGCACGGAAGCUAUUCAGAACCACCUGACUGCAGACCAUUUGUCUUAUUCCAAAGGCUUUGGUGGCGACGCACUGCUGCUUGCAUCAGCAGCUGACUUCUUCAACACUUACUUCAAGCCGCUCAACCCUGUCCUCUCAGAGCACAUAGUAGCUACGCCUGGCGCCACCUUGUGUCUUGACUCACUUUUAUUCAGCAUUUGUGAUGAAGGGGAUAUUGUGUUGGUACCCGCACCGUAUUGGAACGGUUUUGAUUUCCAUUUCAGACUCCGGGCCAAAAUAACGAUAGUGCCAGUCAUAACAAAGUACGAGAUACCUACCGAUGGGUGUAACUACGAAAUACUUCAAGGCUCUUUAGCUUCUUCCUUGAAUGAAGCAUAUGAAAGUGUCUCAGACAAAAGCCGUGUGCGAGCUCUUAUCGUGACCAAUCCACAUAAUCCAUUUGCCCAGUGCUACCAUGAAACAGAUCUCAGGGAAGCAAUUGUCUUUUGUCAAACACAUGGGUUACACUACAUCUCUGACGAACUAUACGCCAUGAGUGACCUGCAACGAAAACAUGGGUAUGACGGUAAUCGCGGAGUGCCUUUCACCUCGGCGCUUAGGUUGACUCAUGAGAGCCCUGAGUUAGCUCAAAAGCUUACGACCUUGUCUCCAAGUAAGAUUCAUAUCAUCUGGAGCUUGAGCAAGGACUUUGGUUCAAGUGGCUUGCGUCUGGGAUUCCUCAUAAGCCAAAAUCCCAGCUGUAAAGCCUUACUAGCUUCAGUCUACCUACUGUCAACUAUUCAUACGUCCUGUCUAUCCUCCAUCGCAGCAACCUAUCUUCUCAAAUCAAAAGAGCUACCAAUUCUCAUAGAGAAAGCAGCAACACGUCUUGAAGAAGCUCAUAAAACUGCUAUUACACGGUUCCGUAAAUGGGGGUCUCCAUUUAUAUAUCCGCAUGCUGGUCCCUAUGUAACUGUGAAGUUGUUAAAGCAGGCCAGCAAUCUCGAAGAGGAAGAUGAGGGACUUGAAAAGCUGAAACAAGCUGGGAUCGUGGUGUCAAGACUUCGUGGCUUUGCGGGCUGGAAGGAAGUUUCUGAGAAUCUAAACCACUUCGGCUGGGUUAGAAUGACGGUCGCAGUUCCAAUGGAGAGACUGCUUGAUGCUUUGGAUAGGAUCGCGGAUGCUUUGAAGUACGAGGAGAAAGAAGACAGGAUAUAA